GAUUUAUGAAAAUGUAUUUUAUAGUAAUAAAGAGUCACACCCAAUACCGAGUUAGCCCACUAUAAAAGGCAAAGAUGUCUCUCUGCGCAAUCACUCACAUAUAAAAAACAGCUUCACUCCUCUCACCAAAACUAAUCAGAUUAAUAAAAGUUUUCCUCUGUCUUAUCAGAUCUCAAUGGAGAAAUCAGAUAGACGAAGCGAAGAAAGUCACCUAUGGAUUCCUCUUCAGUGCCUCGACCAAACCCUCAGAGCUAUCUUGAAAUGCCUUGGUCUUUUUCAUCAAGAUUCUCCGACAACGUCCUCUCCCGGAACUUCGAAACAGCCGAAGGAGGAAAAAGAAGACGUUACCAUGGAAAAGGAGGAGGUCGUUGUGACGAGUAGAGCCACAAAGGUCAAGGCAAAGCAAAGGGGGAAGGAGAAAGUUAGCUCAGGCCGUCCUGGCCAACAUAAUUAGGCACUUUAAGUUACAUUGUUUAGUCUAAUUAUUUGCAGUCGAAAUGUGUUAAUUUAAUAUCACUGUUUUACUUUUUUAUUAUAUCAACAAUCUACAGACAAACAAAAUUUCAUUAAGUUCUUGUUCACUAUACGAGUUUUUUCCUCUUUAUUUCAUGCAUUUUUUUUUUCCCGUAUUUGAUGUGAUAUUUGGGUUGAACAAAAGUAAAUAUGUUCGACCAUCAUAAGUUCAUAACCA